AUGUAAAAUAUUAAUAAUCCACAGAGAGACGGGAAGGGGGCGGGGUCCUCAGUACGUCUCGUGCGGGUUGGUGCGGUGGCCAGGAGUCCUUGCGAAGAGCGAGAUGGUGUUUUUGUUGUGCUGAUCAGCUGAAAGUGGCGUUUGUAGUCCCCCUGUUUGUCAACGCAGAGGGGGAGAUGUAGCUAACCUUUUCAGUUUGGUUUCAAGGAGCACUCGCGCCAGCUCUGCUCUACACUCUGCGAAACAUUCCAGGAAAUGCGGUCUUCUGGCCCGUUCGCUUGAGGAUAAAUGGCUGCAACACGCACAGAAUAGAAACCGUCAGAUGUCCUUCCUGUAGUCACGGACGUAAACCGGAUCCUUCCCCGCCAUCUUCAGGUUUCCCCCAACACCGGGCCUCUGAAAGACAACUAACAUGUCAGUAUCGAUCACGGCUCUCUGAGCCGUACAUGCUUGUAAACACGCAACAGAGACCCAGGCUCUUCUAGCUGUGUGCAGCCAGGCAUGAGUGUGAGUCGAUGCCGGGUCAGGACACCUUCCCCUGCUGGAGUUACCUGACGCAGAGCCUCAGAGGAGCCGCGGAGAGAGAAGGAGCGGAGCAGAGGAGAGAGAAACCCAGCAGAGCUGUCAAGAUGGCUCAGGGCGCGCAGAGACACAGCUGCCCGCCUAUCGCUCUGCAUCCAUGUUUACCUGCAUCCCCGCCGCUCCAGGGGGCUUUUUAAUGAUGUCUUAUUUGGUCCUCUUGAAUGACUUUUGGCCCGCACCAAAGAGGUCCUCUCCCGCGAAACCUUUCUCUGCGAGUAGUUGUUCCCCAGCCCUAGGCCUCCAUGCGUCUCCCAGGCUAGCUCCAUGAGGCCCCUUGACCCCCUGUGUCCGUGAGGCCCCCUCCCCACUCUAUGGAGGCUGAGUCCAGCCAUCCGUCCGAUGGGGAACGCUCCGGAAGGCAAGAGCAGCCUCUCUCUGAUGAGCCCCCACCGGGCUCCCGUCCACCGCACCCCCCUCCCCCCAACCCCCGGCCUGUCCACGGGGCCCUGGGGCGCCCCCACCACCGCCAGCCCCGAAGGGGAGACCUGCUGCUCCGGAUGCAGCAGCACCGAGCUCCUGCCCCAGCAUGGCAGGCCUCAGACGCCCCAGGGCCCUCUGCGGGCUGCAGAUUCCCCUCCCCUUCGCCCUCCUCCGGUUCCCCCGUCCCCUCCUCCACCACAGGAUGCCCCCCCCACGGGGGCUCCUCCCAGGCUGGCCAGGAGGGUUCGGAGGGGGCCAGCCAGCCCAGGCGAGGAGACAAGAAGCCCCCGAAACCGGGGAAAUACAUUUGCACUUACUGCGGGCGACCCUGCGCCAAGCCUAGCGUCCUCCAGAAACACAUUCGCUCGCACACGGGCGAGAGGCCCUAUCCCUGCGCCCCAUGCGGCUUCUCCUUCAAGACCAAGAGCAACCUGUACAAGCACCGCAAGUCCCACGCUCACCGCAUUAAAGCAGGCCUUGCUUCCAGCCGUGACGAGCCCAGCCUAAGCGGGCCCGAGGCCCAGGGGGAGGACCCCGAAGAGCCCACGGAGGGCGAAAGCACUGACUCGGAGGAGGAGACGGGCCGGCACCAAGCCUCAUCCGUCGCCAAAGAGAGGCAGGGCCAGCAGAAGAGUGGCAGCGUGGGGCCGGGCCCCGAGGAGAGCCACCGGCCGGAGGACUCCCAGGCUGUGAAGCAGAGGUUGGCCAUGAGGCUGAGCGAGAGGAAGCGCGGGCCCCUGGCCUCUCCGGACGAUGCCCCCUCGUCCUCCUCCACCUCCUCCUCCUCCCUGGGCCCUGGCAGUAAAGGCAGCACAGAGUCCGGCUACUUCUCCAGCUAUGGCAGUGCCGAGCUGUCCCAGGUCAGCCCCCCCAGUGCCAACGUCAAGACCUACGCCGAGAUCAUCCUGGGGAAGUACGGCCGGCGCAGCCCCCACCAGCUGCACCCCCAUCCCCACCCGCACGCCUCAUCCUCAGGCCCGGAGGAGAAAGGCCUCCCCUUUGGUGUACCCAAGACCCAGGUCAUCGAACACAUCACCAAGCUCAUCACCAUCAACGAGGCGGUGGUGGACACCAGUGAGAUCGACAGUGUCAAGCCCCGACGUUCCUCCCUCUCCAGGAAGAGCAGCCUGGAGUCGCCCAAGUUCUCCUCCCCUUCCAAAGACCCGUACGUCUUCGAGCCCAAAAGCGACGCCCCUGGGCCAAGCGGCCUGGGGGCCCCCUGCGGACCGGAUGGCGAGCCGUCCGGGAUCCAGGUGUGCUCCACCGCGGUGCCUCUGCUGAGAAGCCACUCCAUGCCCACCUGCGCCAGCCAGGGGGACCCCGCCAGCUGUGCCAUCCCCCCGAAGGGCUUCCGUCUCAGCCAGUCCUUCGACGAGCAGCAGGCGAUGGUGGCGGAGAUGAGAGUGGGCCACGCCCAGCGCAUGCUGAGGCGCCAGCCCGCCAUCGAGAUGCCCCCGGGUGCCGAACUUACCCAGGAGGAGGCGGGCCCCUCAUCCUCAUUCCCGGGGACAGGAAGCGAACCAUCUCGCAGGCAGCAGGAGCCGGAGGGCAGUCGGGGCCCCUGGCUGUAUGAGUGUGAGGCCUGCAGGGGCCGCUGGAACCAGAGAGACAGUUACGAGGCUCACACCAAGCUUUGCCCGGGCCAGCCCAUCCAGGAGCAGCCAAAACAAGACGCCGGCGGCAGGGCGUUCCGUGGGGACCGCCCCCAGAUGAUGCACUAUAAAUUCCGGGCGCUGGCCAUGGCGGUGAGGAAGAGGAGGAAGGAGGAAAGCCUGGAGGAAGACCCCCCGAGCCCCUGCAGUCCUGCCCCCCCCACCUCAGUGCCAAGCAGACCGGAACACGGCCAAACCUUCUCAGGUGCCCCCUCCCAGGCCGAUCCCCAGCAGCAGGACAGGAAGGGCGUGUCCGUCAUACAGCACACCAGCUCCUUCGAGAAGCAGGAGAGCUUUUCGAUGGAGAGUCAAGAGGUGGAAGCGAAGGGGGGCCAGCCAACGCAGCCGCCAGAGCCCAGACCCUCGCCCACCACAUCCCGCCUGGUCCGCCAACACAACAUACAAGUGCCGGAGAUUCUAGUUACCGUGGAGCCUGAUGCUGACAUGCCGUCCGUGUCGCCCCCGGCAAUGGCGUCCUCGUCUAAGGAGAUGGAGAAAGUGGAGGAGUUCCAGUGGCCUCAGAGGAGCCACAGUCUGUCCCAGCUUCCCGCAGAGAAGCUGCCACCAAAGAAGAAGCGUCUCCGCCUAGCCGAGGCCUCCCAGUCCUCCAGGGAGUCCAGCUUCGAGUCGGUGUCUCUUCCCCGCAGCCCCAGCCAGGAGAGCAGCAUCUCUCACGCCUCCAGCCGCUCUCCCUCCCUGGAGGACCCGGGCAAGCCUGAGGGGGCGCUCUGGGGCUCCGGAAUCCAGGGCUCCCACAUGCUGACAGUGCCCUCGGCCUCCCACCCACACCACCUCCACCAACCCUCCAAAGAGAUGCGACGCUCUGCCUCGGAACAAGCCACGGCCAGCCCCGAGAGCCAGGCGCCAGACGUGGAGACCAGGAGCAAGUCCUUCGACUACGGCUCCCUCUCCCCGCAGCAGUCUGCAUCCGCCUGGAAGGAGAGGAGAAAGUGCCUGCUGGUGAAGCACGCCACCCUGGGAGAGCCAGAGCAGGACGAGGGGGCCUCCGGGGGUCAGCCGCCCAGGAACGGGAGCCCCCAGCCUGGGCCAUCCUUCCCCGGCCACCUUGGCCUCUUCCAAGCUGAGGCCGGCACCUCAAGGCUCAACACGGAGGCCAUCGGGAAGACGCUGCAACUGCUCCAGCCCCAGAUCUUGCCUCUCCACCAGGCCCUGUUGCCCCUCCGGCCCCAGGGCCAGGACCCGCUCCCCCCAGGGCCUCUGGCCCAGCUGCUGCCUGCCACCACAGCCAUUACCGAGGUCCUGUCCACCCAGAUCAUCCACAGAGCUUUCCUGCACACCCGCAGCGGCCCUCUUCAAGUCCACCCGGCACAGCUCCACAGGGUAGAGCGCGUAGGCAUGCCUCUCCAUCCCUUCUCCAACCUGCUCCCCGUCCAGUUCCCCAGUGGGGUAGGGACCAGCCAGGCCCUGUACCUUCCCAUGCCACCCGGACUCACUAUUCAGAUGCCCUCCCACCAUCCCGCCCUCCGAGAGGCCAGACCCUCCACCUCCUCCAGCUGUCCCGCCCCCGUUCCCCACUCCCUGGUCCCCGUCCCCUACAACCAGCACGCCGCCGUGCCUACCAUCGCCACCUGCAUGGAGCAGCUGACCCCCGUGGUGUCCCUGGUGGUCCCAGUGCGUCUCCAGACCCACGUCCCCACCUACACCAGGGCCGUGUACACCACCCUGUCCCAGAUCUUGGCCCGCUCGCAAGACCCCAUUGUCUGCACGGCCAUGGUCAUCAUGGGGCAACUGGAGCAGGACAAACUGCAGAGGUCCUACCUGAAGCUGCCCAGUCCGGACUUCAAGAGCUACUUGCCCCUGUCUCUGCCCCUGGAGCUGGUCCCCAGCCCUGGGGAAGACUUCGGUCCCCUGGGGCCGGGGGGCAGCAAGCGGAUGCUCUCCCCAGCCGCGAGCCUGGAGCUCAGCUCUGAGGCCCAGCGGCAGCAGAAACGAGUGAAGGAGGAAGAGGCCAAGGAGGAGGAGGUGGAGGAGGAGGAGGUGGAGGAGAGGGUGGAGGAGAGGGUGGAGGAGGAGGAAGAGAAGAGUAAAGGUUCUGGGAGCCAUCUGGAAACGGGGGAUCACAAGGAAGAGCUUCCGAAGAGGGUGGAAGGGGAGGUCGCAGCUGUGAAGGAGGAGCAGGAGGGCGAGGAGGUGGUGCCGGAGCAGGCGGAGCCCGACAGGGAGGAGGAGUUACCAGGAAAAUCUGAGCCAAAGAAAGAAGAAGUAGAGGAGGAGGUCACCCAGCAGGCCAGCGCCCCACAGCCCCGGAACCCCGAGGCACGGGAGCCGCCCUCCUACCCCUGCCUCCACACCUCCACCUCGGUCAGCUGGUGCUACCUGAACUACGGGAAGCCCAACCCCUCGGCCCAGAGGGAGCCCCAGGCCUCCGUCUACUCCUCCUGGAGCGUCAGCGUCCACAACCCCAACCUGCCGGGCCUCAGCACCCGACUGGCCCUCGGCCUGCUCCGCUCCAAGCAGCAGCACAGCUCUGAGACCUACACCACGGCCACAGCCCCGGGCGCUGCCUCCAGCAAGCUGGUCCCCGCCAACAGCAGAAAGCCACGCGUCUCAGAGGUACCAGCCACCCCACCCAGCGCCUCCCUCAGACUGAAGGAGCAGCGGAAGCCCGAGAAGGACGAGCAGAAGAAAGGGAAGAGAGAAGAGGAGGGGGCCUCCACGUCCAAGCACAGCGAGGCCCCUCCCCCUCCUCGUCUCAGCGGGGGAGGGGCCUCCAUGUCCAAGCACAGCGAGGCCCCUCCUCCUCCUCGUCUCAGCGGGGGAGGGGCCUCCACGUCCAAGCAGAGCGAGGCCCCUCCCCCUCCUCGUCUCCGCAUCUUCGAAGGGGGGUACAAGUCGAAUGAGGACUACGUGUACGUGCGGGGUCGAGGCCGAGGGAAGUACGUGUGUGGCGAGUGCGGCAUCCGCUGCAAGAAGCCCAGCAUGCUGCGGAAGCACAUCCGCACGCACACGGACCUGCGGCCCUACGUCUGCAAACACUGCAACUUUGCCUUCAAAACCAAAGGGAACCUUACCAAACACAUGAAGUCCAAGGCUCAUGGGAAGAAGUGUCUGGUGAUGGGCGUGUCCGGAUCAUCUAUGGAGGAGGAGGAGCCAGAGAGCGAGACAACAGGAGGAGACAGGGAGGAGCCUCCGGGCGGGCCCGAGCACCAGUUCUCCGACGUGGACGAUUCCGACGAGGAAGACGACGAGGACGAGGAAGAGGAGUCCUCGUCCCAUGACGACCCGCCCUCCUCCUGCUCGUCAGACACCCGCCCCUCCACCGGGGGGCGCUCCACCAGCAGCGGGCGCUCCCAGCACGGCCCCCCCGGCCCCACCCAGGAGCCCAUGGGCCCCGGCCCCAGCCAGGAGGCCUCCCCCCGGCGACUGUGGCCCAGCGGGCGCGCUUCCUCCCCCGGGGGCCAGAGGGCGCUGUUCCCCCGGCGGGGCUGGAGCCCCUCCCCCCGGGCCUUCUCCCCCAGCAGCGACAGCUGCUCCCCCGCCCGCAGUCUCUCCCCCAGGCUGGACCUGUCCUCCCCCAGCCGGCACCCCUCUCCCUCCCCCGAGCGGGGGCCGUCCCCCAUCAGUACCCUCUCGCCCUUGCACCCGCUCUCCCCCCUCCAGCCUCUGUCCCCCAGCCGCUACCGGACGAGCCUGCGGGCCCGGGCCACCCCCUCACCCCUGGGGGGGCGGCCCAGGCCGUCAGCCUGCCUUCCCUGGGAGAGCCCUCGGACCCUGGGGAGCCUCAGCCAGGAGGGAUGCGGUACUCCACAGCUGAUUCCUCCAAAGGCCUGCCUUUUCCCCCCGGCCCUCCGCCUGUCCCUCAGCGAGAGCCCUGUCCCUCCGUCCCCCCAGACACUGUCCACCUGCCACCUCUUCAGCCACCUGCCAAUGCACUCCCAGCAGACCAGGGUCCCCUACCCGAUGAUCCCCAUCGGAGGCAUCCAGAUGGUCCAGGCCCGGGCCUGCUCCCACCCCACCACCACCUCCCCUUCCUCCCCGAUGGAGAGGCCGUCCCUGGGCCUGGGGUGGAGGGAGGCGCCCUGGGGCGGGACCUCCAGGACACGAGGGCUCAGGACUCCCGGGGACCACUGGUCAGAGAGCCAGGAAGCAGGAAGCAGCCAAUCAGGGCUGCGGGUCUCGGGCACAGCCCCGAGACGAUCCAAUCCCGAGACAGAGACCGCAGACGCGAAGCAAUACGGCAGCUUGCAUAGCUCUUCCCACUCACACAGGUCAGCCGCUGAGACCACGGAACCCUGGCCAUUAGGUAGCCCGGUAGAACCGCCCCCUGGCCAAUCACAGGUGGAACUGUCUCAGGGGGAGGAGCCUCCUGGGGUGUGGCCCAGAUCAACCGGUCCAGGAUUGGCGGAGGGAGGGAGUAAAGGCGGAGCCUCAGACAGUACAAACCAGAGCACUUACUAGUCUUGACCCUUCGAUACGUUGAGCAUUCUUUUUUCGCUUUUUCUUUUGGUUGCUACACUUGAUUUUUUUGUACAGCUUUGUUUUUUAUACAGUUUUCAAUACAAUUGUUAACUUAAACGUUUGUUGUUCUGCAAUAUUCAGGUUUGGUAUAUGAUGCACUUUUUUCUUUUUUGACAAUAAUAUUUCUGUUAAUCUAUAUAUGGAUAUAUAUAUACCCCCUUUCUAAGUAUCUUUAUUGAUACCGCUAUCUUAAUAUAUAUUUGAAUAUAUUAUGUAAAGAUCAUACGAGUACAUUUGUAAAUGACCAAAAUCUUUAAUCAAUAAUAAUGAUAUUUCCAUUUUUGUUUGUCCCUUUGUCCAGUAUUACUCAGACUGUCGUGGUUACUUGUGCCUUUCUGUCCGGGUGUGUGUUGGAGAUGUUGACAGCCUGAAGGGUUGGGUUGUUUGGGGUUGCUGUCAGGUGUGUCAGGAUCCGGAGGGUUGUUUGGGGUUGCUGUCAGGUGUGUCAGGAUCCGGAGGGUUGUUUGGGGUUGCUGUCAGGUGUGUCAGGAUCCGGAGGGUUGUUUGGGGUUGCUGUCAGGUGUGUCAGGAUCCGGAGGGUUGUUUGGGGUUGCUGUCAGGUGUGUCAGGAUCCGGAGGGUUGUUUGGGGUUGCUGUCAGGUGUGUCAGGAUCCGGAGGGUUGUUUGGGGUUGCUGUCAGGUGUGUCAGGAUCCGGAGGGUUGUUUGGGGUUGCUGUCAGGUGUGUCAGGAUCCGGAGGGUUGUUUGGGGUUGCUGUCAGGUGUGUCAGGAUCCGGAGGGUUGUUUGGGGUUGCUGUCAGGUGUGUCAGGAUCCGGAGGGUUGUUUGGGGUUGCUGUCAGGUGUGUCAGGAUCCGGAGGGUUGUUUGGGGUUGCUGUCAGGUGUGUCAGGAUCCGGAGGGUUGUUUGGGGUUGCUGUCAGGUGUGUCAGGAUCCGGAGGGUUGUUUGGGGUUGCUGUCAGGUGUGUCAGGAUCCGGAGGGUUGUUUGGGAGGGUUGUUGGUCGUCAGGGGAGAUGAGGGUUGCAUCAGACCGCUUCACAGGAAGCCUUAGCUGGAGAAUGUCGCAAAGAAAAUGCACUGAAGUCAUAUUUUGUAUUGGAAAGAUUGAAUUUGAACUUAUAUCUCUGUACAGAGACGAGGACUUCGUAUUUAUUAGUUAUGUGAGAUGAUUCACUGUAUUAUUACUGUUGUUGUGUUUUUUUACUUUUUCCGGGGAAGGGGUUGGGUAGAACCAUAGCAUUGUUAUUGACUCCCAAAUCUGUGUGUUUUUUAUCGUUUUGUUCUCUUUGACUUGAAAAGGAGCUGGAGACAUGAAAGGUCUCGGUGUGUUCGCCCCUGUAGGAGGAUCAAGUGCCCCGUUUCACACGACGCAACUUUCUACGUCUCCCAACGAAUAAAACAAAACAAGUGCACUCGA